AUCAUCAACAACCUUUUUAAAUAAUAAAAUUUCAAAUUAGGAAGUUUUUGAAUCCAAUCCCAUGAUAACCAAAGAUAUUAAAUUUCUAUGUAUUGUCUGAGUCUAAGAUGUAACAUAUUUUGUUAGCGGUAUAUAAAUGGUUAUUUAGUAUACCUUUAGAAAGUAAAAAAGGAGGAAUAUCAUGUGUGAUUAUAUUCCAAAUCAGUGUGCAUUUUUAUGGUUAAUCUAUAAUUCCUUAUUUGGUGUGGUAUAUUAUUAGUCAUUACACUUUACAGAGCAUGAUUUUCUCAAAAAAUGAGUGCAUUAUCCAUGAUCCCUUACUACAAAAUAUAGAAAUUAAUAGUAUUUGGGCUGCCCAUGAUCACAAACCGAUUUAGUAUUUAUUGUUUUGAUAUUUCUUUAACAAGAUUCAAGCACAUAAUUACUAGGCAUUGAUUUUUGUUGUAAAUUAUAAUAUUGGAUUAUAAUGCUGCGGGUUGGACGCAUCACAGAUUCGGAAAUUAGAAACGAAAUAUAAGCAAUAUCAUGAGUCCGGCCCGUAACGUAGGCUCCAUGGAAUCUAAGACAGCUUCAAAUACUUUAAAUAUCUUUCGGAAUUUUCGACAUUCAUGAUGCGGUUGUUUUUUUCUUUUUGAGAUUGAAACAAAUCGAAAGGGAGAUAAGGAAGUAAUAAAUGGAAGGAAAGGAAACACUGCAAGACGACGCACGUGUGUCCAUCUAUUCCCUGUCAUAAAAGAAUGGAUUGAAGAGAAGCAGAAGAAGAAGAAGAAGAAGAAGUAGUAGCAGUAGUUGUUGUUGUUGCAAAGGAGGAGUAGGCCGUGAAAGUGGGUGUGCAGACGGUUGGGAAUAAAGGGGUGUAGUAGUGCCUGACAUUGAUAGAAAAAGCAGUAUUACAGAGAGAGAGAGAGAGAGAGAGAGAGAGAGAGAGAGAGAUAUGGGGAUGUAUGAGACAGUUAGAAGAGAUGAAGAUCCACUAGUCCUUGAUGCCAACACCCCUGAGAAUCUCUCUGCCGAUGUUGAAUCGUCUCUACUAAAUUCUCCCCGCAGUGAUGGUCGUGGUCGUGGUGGUGGAAACGCUUCAAAGGGACGUCUUGUUUCACUCGACGUUUUUCGUGGACUCACCGUGGCGAUUUUCAACUUAAACUUGUCGCAGAUUAUGAUACUUGUGGAUGAUGCGGGUGGAAUCUUGCCUGCAAUCAAUCACUCACCAUGGAAUGGUUUAACCCUUGCUGAUUUUGUCAUGCCCUUUUUCCUCUUUAUUGUUGGUGUUUCACUUGCCCUUGCAUACAAGAAUUUGUCAUCGGGCUAUUUGGCAACUAAAAUGGCAGUGGUAAGGGCUCUGAAGCUUCUAGUAUUCGGUCUUUUUCUCCAGGGAGGCUAUUUUCAUGGCCUGAACAAUCUAACUUAUGGAGUGGACAUUGAACAAAUUCGAUUGGCGGGUAUCCUUCAGAGAAUUGCAGUAGCAUAUUUUCUGGCAGCUGUAUGUGAGAUAUGGCUCAAGGGUGACAACAAUGUUAAAUCAGGGUCUUCUUUGCUGAAGAAAUAUCAAUUCCAAUGGGCUGUGGUUUUGGUUCUUAUUGUUGCAUAUUGUUCCUUGUUAUACGGUCUGUAUGUUCCUGACUGGGAAUAUUCAAUUCCAAGUGAAACCUCUUCUUCUGCACUGAAAAUUUUCAAAGUGAAAUGUGGAGUUCGGAGUGACACUGGACCUGCAUGCAAUGCUGUUGGAAUGAUAGAUCGUAAUGUUUUAGGCAUUCAACAUUUAUACAAGCGACCGAUCUAUGCACGGAUGAAGCAAUGCAGUAUCAAUUCCCCAGAUUAUGGCCCAAUGCCUCCUGAUGCUCCAACCUGGUGCCAAGCACCUUUUGAUCCUGAAGGGCUCCUGAGUUCAGUGAUGGCCAUUGUUACUUGCUUGGUCGGUUUGCAUUAUGGGCACAUUAUUGUCCAUUUUAAGGAUCACAAAGAUAGGAUCCUGCACUGGAUAGUCCCAUCCUCUUGUCUUUUGGUCUUGGGAUUUGCCUUGGACUUCUUUGGGAUGCAUGUAAACAAGGCUCUUUACACACUUAGUUACAUGUGUGUCACCGCUGGUGCUGCUGGCAUUCUCUUUGCUGGAAUUUAUUUGAUGGUGGACAUGUAUGGAUAUAGACGCCCAACUAUUGUCAUGGAGUGGAUGGGGAUGCAUGCCUUAAUGAUUUAUAUUCUUGCAGCCUGCAAUAUUUUGCCUGUUUUUUUACAGGGAUUUUAUUGGCGGAGGCCUCAAAAUAACAUUUUUAGGUUGAUUGGAAUUGGGGCAUGAAGGGAUAAGAGAGAAGUUGAGUUACACUCCCUAUGGUAUUUCAUUUGAUUUUUGUCCAAUUGCAGAAAAGAUUCGUCUUUAGCAGCAAAGGAUUAUUGGAAUAGGGCUUGAUGGGGUAGCAGACAAACUCUUUGUCGUGCCUUCUACUGCAAUUCAGGUUGGAUCUAACCAUGUUAUAUUUGUACUUUGGUUCGUGCAGAUCCUACUUAUCGACUCUCUCCCUUGCAUUUUGUCUCUGCUCAAUUUGGAGCUUCUUCAUGCACAGCUGAUGUAGAAGGAAGUUAGAAUUUGGGCAAAUUCAUUAAAGCAUAGUUUUUAUUGAAUGUUUUACUUUUCAUGUAAAUAAAACGUUGCGCAUUUAUAAUAUAUCAGUAUCAGACAAAUAGA